GAUAAUUAAAGCAGCGAUGCUGACAGAAAAACAUCAGCGAGUGAGUAGACCAGAGUCAAGUCAACUCAUUCUUACCUACGCGCUCGAUCCAGAUCUCAUUAGAUUGGUUCAACAUAAAUCCGCCCGAAGCUAGCAAGGAAGCGAUUCUUCCCACAAGCCUCAUCCCCGUUUCGUUGUCCUCUUCGCAGCUGCUCGAGAGAAUCACCCGCAAGUGUUGGAUCUUCUCCAGCUCACCUCAGAGCUUGUUCAACCAUCAGCAAUGUCGACUAGCGCUGGCGGAGGUCAGCCGAGCGUUCUGAGCACGUUACCUAAGAAUCUGCCGCUAGACUUUGUGAAGACUAUCACUGAUCAGUUCUCGGAGCAGCGUAUACUUGGUACAGGCGCAUUUGGAAUUGUUUAUAAGGGAAUUAUGCCGGACGGGCAAAUAAUUACGGUGAAGAAACUCGCGGAAAAUUCGCCAAUCGCGCGUGAGAAAGCAUUUGCUAACGAGGUUCAAAAUAUCAUGGCUCUCCACCAUGAAAACGUAGUGAAAUUGGUUGGCUACUGCCAUGAAGGUCAGAAGAAAGUGGUGCAGAACAAUGGAAGGUAUAUUGUGGCUGACAUUGUUGAAAGUUUGCUUUGCCACGAGUAUGUACCAAAGGGAAGCCUCCAGAAGAAUCUUUUUGAAGUAGAUACAAAAAUGGACUGGAGCACACGCUUCAAGAUAAUUAAGGGGAUUUGCAAUGGUUUACAUUUUGUACACAGCAUUCCUAUCGUCCAUAUGGAUCUCAAGCCGGAAAACAUACUGUUGGAUGAUGAUAUGGUGCCGAAAAUAGCGGAUUUUGGUCUCUCGAGACUCUUCGGUCAAGAACAAACACGGAUGAACACGCAGAAUGUUGUUGGGUCAUAUGGAUACAUAGCUCCAGAAUAUCUAUACAGAGGUGAAAUAUCCACCAAGUCAGACAUAUACAGUCUAGGCCUACUAAUCUUGGAGACCACCACCGGGGAGAAGAACUAUCGAGGCAAUGAACCGUCUGCAGUGGAAUUUAUAAAAAAUGUACGUGAAAAUUGGAAAGAGCAGCGCAUCGCGUCGGAGUACCCAUCACUAGAUGCAGAUUGCCUCCAACAAGUAAAAAAAUGCAUCGAAAUAGGACUGGAGUGUGUUGAGAUUGAUCGGCUGAAGAGACCGUCCAUAGAAACAAUUCUCGACAAGCUAAAUGGACGAUGUGCAUCCAUAAGAAACUAAAAUGUCGUACCAGUUUCAGGUCUCCAAUCUCCAUCGAACAUGAAAUUUGGAUUUUUUCAGCAGGACAUGUGCAAAAUGGAAAGGACACUAUAUUAUUGCUAGAAUGAAUUAUUUUUAAAAAUAAUACGCUAUGAUAUGUAUGUCAUUAUGAAACCUAUUAAUUUGUAUUUCUCCUUGUAACUGCUAAGUACUCCGCAUAUCUCUUCAUCAUAAUGUAUAUUUUUUUCACCAAAUACAAUGAUGUUGUCUAUUCAAUUUCAGUUUGAAAUGCAAAUUUUAUGUGAAAA